AUGACGUCGUCACCGGAGCUUCCCGACGAGCUGUGGCUGCACGUGUUCACUUUCCUGUCCUGGAGAGACAAACUGAGUGCUCGCGCUACCUGUUCAUAUUUCAGACACCUGUUGGAUAAGUCCCGCCCCCUGUGGAAGGACUUUAGCGUCGUGCUGCGUCACUUCUCCAGGUACAACCAUGCGUUCUGGCGCAGCCUGGCUCAGCGGCACGUGGGCAGCAUAUUGUUGCGUUCAGUAAAGAGGAAACACCUGAGGGCGCUGUUGGCAUGGUUACCUGCGCUUCACGCGCUGCGAUUGGACGACUGGAGAGAAGGACACGUCACCGAGCUCCAGAGGUUCCGGCACCUGCAGCAUCUGUCACUCACUUCCUGUUCAGUGCCACUAAAGAACCUGGACUUCCUGUUUCCUCUGAGUCAUCAGCUGACACACCUGAGCCUGUGUAACGUUCAGUUCACCUGUGCGUCCUCGCACCUGUUGGCCACCAUCGGUCAGCUCACUCGUCUCACGUCACUGGUGCUGCAUCAUGACGGCAGCGUGCGCGUGGCGACGCUGGGCGGCGUCCUGAGUCACCUGACCGAGCUGCGACACCUGUCCUACACCAUGAUCACAUACAAGACCCUGUCCCGGGACUUCUUUGGCCACGCCCACCUCGCAGCAGGUGGUGCUCUGCAGCUCACUGACCUUCAGCUGCUCGACUACGACGCCGCGCUGACACCUGAGGUCCUGCAGCCUUUGUCCCGCCUCCGCAGUCUGUCCGUCUUCCACCUGUACUCUGUCCCCGGACCUGUGUGUCACAUGACCACAUGGAUGACAUCACUGCCACAGCUGCACAGCCUCAGUGUGUACGGGGGACAUCCUCUGGCCGCGUACGCAGACCUGCUGCCGUCCUCCCUCAGGAGUCUGACCCUAAACGUGGAUCUGCAGCAUGAAGACCUGCAGGUGGUUUCACAGAGAGCUCCUCACCUGGAACACCUGCACCUGGAGCCCUGGAGCUCCUCCUCCACACUCAUCGCACUCCUCCCACAUCUGUUCCCUCACCUGAGAACUUUACGCAUCAGACAUCACUCGGUCUCAGACGAGGACUUCCUGGCCCUGCAGCAGCUGCAGCAUCUAAACAAGCUUGAGGUUCUGGAUUCUUUUCACAGACCGGACCCAAGCGAUCCAAGCUGGGUCGUGUACGAGCCAAGUCCUCGUCUACAGGAACUCGUCUGUGGUCUGCAGAAACUUACCAACCAGAGAGUUCAGGUGGUGACCAGCUCACACCGAGACCCUCUCACUUGUGUGUGUGUGUGAGAGAAGGAUUCAGCUUCAGUACCAGGUCUAGUCUGUUCUUACAGGGUCUCCACAGCUGAUCAUCUGUCCCUGUGUCCUCUUCUGAUGAUGUGGUCGAAGGUUCCCUGUCUCUCUCACCGUCUUCAUCCCUCCACAGGUGUCGUGGCUAAGUUAACCGUUCAUGGGCGUGGCCAAGGUGAAGCUGCUUUUAUUAACUCACGAUGAAAUUUAACAUUUGUCAUAAAGUGGAAACAUUAGAAAAGUUAAAUGUGACGACGGUCGUCAGGGGCAACACUUGGUGCCUCAUUAGCAUGUAGGCUGGGAAUUGAGUUGAAAGACAGCAGUCUGUUUAAAGUGAUGAGCUGACGUUUGUCACAAAAGCAGAAACAAUGUAAAACAAAACAAGACUUUUAUUUUGAAAAAAACACUUUGUGUUCAAAUAUUUACAGAAAAAACAAAAACUCGGCUUUUAUACAGUUCAGAGUCACUCCGACACGCCCUCUUCUUUCUCUUUCUUCUUCUUCUUUUUCUUCUUCUUGGCACUUUCAAGCUGCAGGAAAACAAAACAAAGGUCACAUGACAAACAUUGGUCAGUGGGAGGAGUCAGCACAGAGUUUUAAACACAUGUUAAACCUGGAUUUCUUUCACAUGUAAAAGUUCCUUCAUAUCUUUCAUUUAGAAUUUAAAGUUUUACAGACUUUAAGCUCCUCCUCCAGACUCCGCCUUUGUUACUCUUUACCCUCAGACAUCAGGAAGUCUUUUUAAAACUGAUUUACUGAAGUUAAGUUUUAUUCUUUUAUUGUGAAACACUUUGAGCUGUGAUCCUUGUAUGAAAAUGUGAUAUACAAAUAAAGUAUAUUAUUCAAACUGA